GACUAAUAUAAUCAAACAAAAUAGUUGCCAUAUUGGGUAAGAUCUAUAUCCAACAUCUAAACAUACUUGUGCCAUGAAACCACAUGCAAGUUCCAUAGAGUUCAAGGUUAACAGGCGUGAACCUGAGCUCAUAGCUCCGUCAAAGCCCACACCUCAUGAAUUUAAGCCGUUGUCGGACAUUGACGACCAAGAAGGUCUCCGUUUCCAUAUUCCUGUCAUACAAAUCUAUCGUCAUGACUCCUCCAUGCAAAGAAAGGACCCCGUUAAGGUGAUCCGCGAGGCACUUGGUAAAGCAUUAGUAUCUUAUUAUCCUCUUGCCGGAAGACUUAGAGAAGGACCUAAACGCAAGCUUACGGUGGAAUGCACCGGUGAAGGAGUGUUAUUUGUUGAGGCUGAUGCCGAUUUUGAACUUGAACAUUCCGGCAACGUACUUGAACCUCCAUUUCACUUCUUAGAUGAGUUCAUUUUUGAUGUACCUGGCUCUAGCGGAGUCAUAAACUGCCCCUUGAUAUUUAUUCAGGUCACACGCCUCAAGUGUGGUGGUUUUGUUUUUGCCCUUCGACGCAAUCACACGAUGGCCGAUGGCCCUGGCAUAUAUCAAUUCAUCAAAGCGAUCGGAGAAUUAGCCCGCGGAGAACCUUCCCCUUCUAUACUCCCUGUAUGGGAAAGACAAGUCCUUAACGCGAGGAAUCCACCGAUGACCACAUGCAUACAUAGCGAAUACGAUGAUUUUACGACAACAAUUCCAUUUCCACUUGAUGACUUAGUUCAUCAAGCAUUCUUUUUCGGACCCAAUGAAAUAGCCGCUCUUCGAAGCUAUGCUCCUCCUCAUCUUCGUCACUGCACUACAAUGGAAAUAGUAACAGCAUGUCUUUGGAAGUGUCGAACUAUUGCGCUUCAACCCGACCCAUUGCUGGAAAUGCGAAUGCUAUUUCCUAAUAAUGUACGCAACAAAUUUAGUCCCGAGUUAAUACCAAAAGGAUACUACGGCAACGGAUUUAUAUUUUCAACAGCAGUAUCCACUGCUGGAGAGCUCAUAAAAAAUUCUACAGGCUAUGCAUUAGAAUUAAUUAGAAAGGCUAAAGCAGAGAUGACGAGAGAGUAUGUGCAAUCAGCAGCGGAUACGCUAGUGAUUAAGGGUCGACCUAAUUGUCCAGCGGAGGGGUCAUACAUGAUAUCAGAUGUGAGAUAUUUAGGAUGCAGAGAGGUAGAUUUUGGAUGGGGCAAGGCUUUAUAUGGCGGUCCUCCUAAAUCAACUACUCUUUAUUUAAGUCAUUUUGUAGCAUUUGAGAAUAAGAAAGGAGAAAAUGGAUUUAUAGCGCCAUUGUGUUUGCCAGCACAAGUAAUGGAAAGAUUUGUGAAGGAGUUACAAAUUCUCUUGCAAACUGAUAAGCCAUUCAAUGAUUGUGGAUUGACAACAGAUGGGCACCAUUAGUAAAGUCUGCUUUAUGAAUAUUGUUUAAAUCAAGUUCAAAUUAUGAGCUUAAGUAAUUUUUUUUAUAUAAUUAGAGAGGAGGAAGCACUUGUGUGAGGAAAUGAACCCACGACCUUAACGGUUAUUUGAGCUACAAUUCGAUGGUAUAUAUGAGCUUAAGUACUCUUA